CUUGAUGUGUUCUCGGAAGACAGAUGCUGAGUCGACUAAUCGUGUAAUUUUUCGGCGUUAUCUUCACAAAUUUCUCACAACACAACUGUCCGCGAUGACGACAAAUGGCUAUUGCAACAACGGCUCAGGUGUGAUCAAUUUCUCUCCUGGCCCGGCAAAACUUCCUAAAGAUGUGUUGUUACAGGCCCAGAAUGAGCUGCUGCACUUUGAAGAGACAGGGAUUAGUGUCAUGGAGAUGAGUCAUCGAUCACCAGAAUUCCUCAAGAUCAUCACAAGAGCAGAAUCCAGUGUGCGAUCAUUGUUAGAUGUUCCAGAGAACUAUCACAUAAUCUUCGUCCAGGGAGGAGGCACAGGACAGUUUUCUGCUGCGCCCUUAAACCUGAUGAACCUUAAAUCCCAUCAAAAGGCCGACUAUUUUGUGACGGGAACGUGGUCUGCUAAGGCAGCCAAGGAGGCGGAAAAAUACGGCACAGUGAAUCUUGUCCUCCCCAAGACACAGACCUACUCAGGAUUGUGUGACGAGUCGGAAUGGAAGCUGGACCCAGAGGCCUCUUAUGUCUAUUACUGCGCUAAUGAAACAGUGCAUGGAGUUGAGUUUCCAUUUGUCCCGGACACCAAAGGAAUUCCAAUAGUGUGUGACAUGUCUUCAAAUAUGCUGUCCCGUCCAGUUGACGUGUCCAAGUUUGGAGUCAUCAUUGCUGGUGCACAGAAGAACAUUGGUUGUGCUGGAGCAACAGUUGUGAUUGUCAGGGAUGACCUGAUAGGACAUGCCAUGAAAACCUGCCCGUCCAUCCUGGAUUAUAAAGUACAGACUGGAAACAAAUCAUUGUAUAACACUCCACCUACAUACAGUAUAUACAUCAUGAGCUUAGUUUUUGACUGGAUUGCCAAGCAUGGAGGUGUAAAGGCCAUGUACGAGCACUCCCUGAAGAAAUCGCGCGCUCUUUAUGAAGUCAUUGACAAGUCCAACGGAUUUUACUGUUCUCCAGUCGACCCACAGUAUCGCAGCCGCAUGAAUAUCCCGUUCCGGAUUGGUGGAAUUGGAGGAGAUGAGGCUCUAGAGGAUAAGUUCAUAGAGGAGGCCAAGAAGCUAAAGAUGAUCUCAUUGAAAGGGCACAGAACGGUAGGAGGUAUUCGGGUGUCGCUCUACAACGCUGUGACAUAUGACGAGACUCUGACAUUGGUAGAGUUCAUGAAGGAGUUCCAAAGCAGCCAUCAGUAACCAUGGUUACGAAGGAGAUCAAUACUAACUGAUAUCAGCCAUGCUUACAAAGGGAGACAACCAGUGACUAUCAAUAACCAUGACAAUCAUCAAUGAACAUCAGUGUACACCCGACAUCCGAUGCUGCCAUCAGUAACAAAGGCAGUGUUCGUCAGCAACUGUGGCUACUCAUGCCAUCCAGCAGAAACGGAUGUUCCACGGAUAUAUAUACAUCAUCAUAUUAGUGCAUUCGUCAUUUGCUUCUAAAUGAGAAGAAAAAUUGUCAACGCGAUCUAUAUACCGAAACUUUAAAUUUCUUUCCUUCUUUGUCUUUGUGUACAUCUUUCCUGGGUAUAAACUGUGUCAAAAGUCUGUGUGAUUUAGAAGAAAAGUUGGGAUAAAUAGUAUAGAGAAUACU